CUACUUUGAAUUGUUAUUUGUUUGAUAAUUUUUCGUUAUUAUAGUUGCUACUUGCUUUUUACAUUUAACUUUAUAGUAUUUACUAUUUACUGGAAAAUUUAGCUUUAAAAUUGUAUUUUGACCAUCUGGAUAGCAUAGAACAAUCUUAAUAAUGAAUUUCAGUGUAGUGUGUUUUUUUUUAAUAUUUAGUUUUUCAUUACUGCGAAAAGCUUACAGCAUUCAAUGCUAUCAGUGUUCAACUAGCAGUGAUGCCAAAGGAUCUGACAACUGUGGUGCAUAUGAAAAGUUCCACAAAGAUCGGCAUAUACCUGUCGAAUGUACUAGUGAUGAAUCGCACACUCCCGGAACAUUUUGUGUAAAGGUUACCAAACAAGGGCUCAGAGGAUUUAUAUGGGAUGGGCGUUGGCGAAAUGUCAUCCGCCGUUGUGGAUCAGUUUCAGACACAGGUGUCACUGGUGUAUGCAAUUGGGGAGUUGAAUGGAAUGGUGUUUAUUGGGAAGAAUGUUAUUGUUCAGAAGACAGCUGCAACUCUUCAAUUAAUAUUUCACCUUUUUCUGUUAUUAUAACCACGUUGUGUUCACUAAUAACUAUGUUUAUUCUUAAUAAUUGAUCUGGCUUUGUUUAAGACUUAUUUACCAACUCCGUCCAAAUAAUGUUGUGUAGACAAUAAAAACAAACAUUUAUAUUUUUAUAUUGACUAUUAGAAUAACUAAUUUUUUAAUAAAUACUUUUACUUAAAUGUUAAAAAUAAAAAUACAUUUUUAAAUCAA